UACAGCCAGUCUGUUCAGUGCUCGAUAAAAGUUUGAGAUGAGAAGACGAUAUUUACAAUUUGUGUGUUAUAAAGUUCUUACCUGAUCCAGGAAGUUGUCCAUUAUUACAGCCUUCGUCCCAGACGUUUACACACCAUCUACCUAAGGAACUAUGCUGAAGAUCCUUGUGACUGCAGUUCUACUGUUUGACAUCAGUGUUGGCUACAGAGUGUUAUUGGUAUUUCCGUUCCCGUACAGAAGCCACGGAAUCCUUGGAAGUGGAUUCGUGAGGAAUUUAUUAGAGGCGGGACAUGAGGUGACUUAUAUUACUCCAUUUCCUUUAUUGGAGCAGAGUCCAAAAUUGCAUCAAGUUCAAGUUGGCAAUUCUGGAGUAUUAGAUGCAACGUUUAAUAUAAAAAUGUUACUCGAAGGAAAUUUGAGAAGUGAUCCUUCGAAGAUAUUUAAUCUGAUGGUGAACGUCGCUCGUGACGUACUGGCUGACAGAAAAGUGCAAAAACUUCUCAAUAAUACAAAUCAGAAUUACGAUGUAGUUAUUACUGAAUGGAUGAACACAGAGAUUUAUAGCGGAUUCUCCGCUGUAUUUGACUGCCCAUUCAUCUGGUUCUUCCCUUUUGACCAGUAUUUGGAAAUUUUUCGAAUAAUGCAUACGCCUGCCCAUCCAGCGUAUACUCCUAAUAUACGAACUAGGAAUAUACCGCCAUUUAAUUUCAGACAACGGUUGCAGGAAUUAUGGUAUCAAAUGAUUACUUUGUACACACGGAAUUUCAAGUUCUCCCCGAUCGAAGAGAAGGCCUAUAGGCAGUAUUUUGAAGAUGCUGUAAAGAGAAGAGGACGAAAAUUACCAGAUUAUAAUGAAAUAAAAUACAAUGCAUCUUUAGCUUUUAGUAAUUCACAUAUAAGUUUGAGAGAUGUGCCAGAACUACCUCUUGCAUUGAAGAUGAUCGGGGGAUUCCACAUUGAAACACAUAUAAAACCACUGCCAAAUAACCUUCAAGUGAUAAUGAACAAAAGUACGAAUGGCGUAAUAUUGUUUAGCAUGGGAACGCAAUUAACCACGGGCGGAAUGCCGUCGGAGUUGACAAAUGAAUUGUUAAAAGCUUUCGGUGACUUGCCUUAUACCGUCCUGUGGCGAUUUGAUGAUGACCAGCUCAAAGAUAUACCUGAUAAUAUUAUUGUGCAGUCUUGGAUUCCGCAGCUAAGCAUUCUGGCUCAUCCAAACUGUGUACUAUUUAUAACGCACGGCGGUCUACUGUCACUCACUGAGAGUAUUCACACUGGAGUUCCAAUAAUUGGAAUUCCGGUGUUUGCUGACCAGUUCCUGAACGUGGACACCGCUGUGAAGAACGGCUAUGGAAGAAGAGUAGAGUUGUCGUUUACCAUGUCUCAUGUGUUACGAGAAGAGAUACACGAAGUCAUAAAUAAUCCACAAUAUUCUAGAAAGGCAAAAGAGUUGUCGUUGAUAUACCACGACAGGCUUGUACCUCCUGGAGUAGAGCUGGUGCACUGGGUGGAGCACGUGGUGAAGACACGGGGCGCACAUCACCUGCGAUCACCAGCUCUUCAUCUGCCGCUCUACCAGAAGUUGUAUUUUGAUCUGCUUGCUUUCGCGAUUCUGAUUCUUUUUUUAUUUUUUAUAUUGUACAGAUAUAUUGUCAUAAAGCUAUCUUAUCUCAAACGAAAAAUUAAAAUUACGUAGUUA